AUGGACAGUGGAGACGGGUUUUUCUUCCAUCACUUCCUUUGUUCAUCGGACGAUUCGUCGUCGGAUGAUGAAGAUCUUGUGCAGGCCGCACUGGUCGUUCACGACCAUAUUCAACGAGAGCUUCCUCGGUACAGGGGGUCACUCCCUGGCCGUGCUCCCAACCUGAACUGCAACAUGGAGAGAGGCCACACCCUGCUCUAUGCCGAUUACUUUGCCAACACCCCGCUCUUCAAGCCGAAGAAAUUUCGUCGCCGUUUUCUUAUGCCAAGGCAUGUGUUCAAUAGUAUCCGAGAGAGAGUGGUUGCUCAUGACCUAUACUUCGAGUGCAAGACGGAUGCCCUUGGCAAGCUUGGAUUCUCCUCUUACCAGAAAUGCACCGCGGCCAUCCGCAUGCUUGCAUAUGGAAUUCCAGGCGAUCUGGUGGAUGAGUAUGUGCGUAUGAGUGAGACAACAUGUCUGAUGUCAAUGUACAAGUUUUCCCAGGCUGUGAUCGAGGUGUUUGGCCCAGAGUACUUGAGGCAGCCAACUGCCACUGAUACAGAGAGAUUGUUGGCGACCAACGCAGCUAGAGGCUUUCCAGGCAUGCUAGGCAGCAUAGAUUUCUUCGCCAGGCUUGCAGAAGGCCACUCCCCACCUGUCAACUUUGAGAUCAACGGCCACCAGUACAACAAGGGAUACUAUCUAGCUGAUGGUAUAUAUCCUCAGUGGUCAACUUUUGUGAAGACAAUCUCGAAACCCCAAGCUGAGAAGAGAAAGAGAUUUGCCCAAAUGCAAGAGAGUGCUAGAAAGGAUGUGGAACGUGCUUUCGGUGUGCUUCAAUCCCGGUGGGGUAUCGUUCGAAACCCUGCACUGUCAUGGGAUGAAAGGAAGCUUUGGGAGGUGAUGACUGCUUGUGUGAUCAUGCACAACAUGAUCGUCGAGGACGAGCGUGAUGAGAGUAUCUUCGACCAAGGAUUUGAUUAUCAAGGUGAAAAUAUUGAGCCCCUGCACCAAGACCCGGCCACAUUUGAACAAUUUGUUCAAUUCCACCGUGAGAUGCGUGAUUGGCACAGUCAUUUGAAUCUUCAAAAUGACUUGGUUGAGCACGUGUGGGAUCACAUUGGCAACCAAUAG